GAGUCUCUGUGUCGUCUACCUGUGUGAGAGUGAACAACCGUCCAAAUGGCUCAGCAAGGAGUUCUGCUGGACCAGGACCAGUUCUGUUGUUCUGUCUGUCUUGAUCUACUGAAGGAGCCGGUCACCAUUCCCUGUGGACACAGUUACUGUAGGAGCUGUAUUGAGGGCUGCUGGGAUCAGGAUGUUCUGAAAGGGGUCUAUAGCUGUCCUCAGUGCAGAGACCUUCACUCCAAGGCCUAAUCUGAGGAAAAUAACAUGUUGGCUGAGCUGGUGGAGAAACUGAGGAAGACAGGACUCCAGGCUGCUCCCCCUCCUGCUCUGUGCUAUGCUGGACCUGGAGAUGUGGUGUGUGAUGUCUGCACUGGGACCAGAAAGCAGAAAGCCCUCAUGUCCUGUCUGGUGUGUCUGGCCUCUUACUGUGAGACUCACCUCCAACCUCACUAUGAAUUUCCUGCUUUGAAGAAGCACAAGCUGGUCAAAGCCACCGCACAACUACAGGAGAAGAUCUGCUCUCAUCAUGACAAACUGCUGGAGGUUUACUGUCGUACCGAUCAGCAGUGUAUCUGCUAUCAGUGUGUGAUGGAUGAACAUAAAGGCCAUGAUACAGUGUCAGCUGCAGCAGAGAGGACUGAGAAACAGAGGCAGCUGGGGAUGAGUCAGCAGAAGGUCCAGCAGAGAUUCCAGGAGAGAGAGAAGGAGCUGAAGGAGCUCCAACAGGCUGUGGAGUCUUUCAAGCGCUCUGCACAGUCAGCAGUGGAGGACAGUGAUCAGAUCUUUACUGAGCUGAUCCGCUCCAUUGAGAGAAGGAGCUCUGAGGUGAAGGAGCUGAUCAGAGCCCAAGAGAAGGCUCAAGUGAGUCAAGCUGAAGGACUCCUGGAGCAACUGAAGCAGGAGAUCGCUGAGCUGAGGAAGAGAAGCACUGAGCUGGAGCAGCUCUCACACACAGAGGAUCACAUCCAUUUCCUCCAGAGGUAUCAGUCUCUCUCCAGUAUCAGUGUAUCUUCAGACUUACCCAGCAUCGUUGUCCGUCCUCUUCAGUACUUUGGAGAUGUGAGUCAGACUGUGUCUGAACUGAGAGAGAAACUAGAAGACUUCCUUAAAGGAGAAUGGACCAAGAUCUCCACUACAGUGAAUAUAGUGGAUGUUGUACUGCCUCCAGAGCCCAAGACCAGAGAACAGUUGUUACAAUAUUCCUGUCAGCUCACACUGGACCCAAACACAGCAGGAACACGCCUCUCUCUGUCUGAAGGGAACAGAAAGGUGACCUUUACACGUCAAGUCCAACCAUAUCCUGACCAUCCAGACAGAUUCACCAACUACUGGCAGGUUCUGUGUAGAGAGGGUCUGUCUGGACGCUGUUACUGGGAGGUGGAGAGGACUGGUGGUGUUGCUACAGCAGUCUCAUAUAAAGACAUCAGCAGAACAGGGAGAGGUAAUGAUGGUGCAUUUGGAGACAAUAACAAGACCUGGAGUUUAUAUUACUAUAGAGGUGGUUAUUGUUUCAGACACAAUAAUGUUGUGACUAAAGUAUCAGGCCCUCAGUCCUCCAGAGUAGGAGUGUACCUGGAUCACAAGGCAGGUACUCUGUCCUUCUACAGUGUCUCUGACACAAUGACCCUCCUCCACAGAGUCCAGACCACAUUCACUCAGCCCCUUUAUCCUGGGUUUGGAUUUUGUUAUGGUCCUAUUUUUUAUGUCUCUGGUACUGCUGAGCUGGUUAGACUGUAGUAGGGACCACAUAGAUACUAGUCAUGCUGGUGUAGUCUAUAGCUGAGCUGGUUAAACUGUAGUAGGGUCCACAUAGAUACUAGUCAUGCUGGUGUAGUCUAUAGCUGAGCUGGUUAGACUGUAGUAGGGUCCACAUAGAUACUAGUCAUGCUGGUGUAGUCUAUAGCUGAGCUGGUUAGACUGUAGUAGGGUCCACAUAGAUACUAGUCAUGUUGGUGUAGUCUAUAGCUGAGCUGGUUAGACUGUAGUAGGGUCCACAUAGAUACUAGUCAUGCUGGUGUAGUCUAUAGCUGAGCUGGUUAGACUGUAGUAGGGUCCACAUAGAUACUAGUCAUGCUGGUGUAGUCUAUAGCUGAGCUGGUUAGACUGUAGUAGGGUCCACAUAGAUACUAGUCAUGCUGGUGUAGUCUAUAGCUGAGCUGGUUAGACUGUAGUAGGGUCCACAUAGAUACUAGUCAUGCUUGUGUAGUCUAUAGCUGAGCUGGUUAGACUGUAGUAGGGUCCACAUAGAUACUAGUCAUGCUGGUGUAGUCUAUAGCUGAGCUGGUUAGACUGUAGUAGGGUCCACAUAGAUACUAGUCAUGCUGGUGUAGUCUAUAGCUGAGCUGGUUAGACUGUAGUAGGGUCCACAUAGAUACUAGUCAUGCUGGUGUAGUCUAUAGCUGAGCUGGUUAGACUGUAGUAGGGUCCACAUAGAUACUAGUCAUGCUGGUGUAGUCUAUAGCUGAGCUGGUUAGACUGUAGUAGGGUCCACAUAGAUACUAGUCAUGCUGGUGUAGUCUAUAGCUGAGCUGGUUAGACUGUAGUAGGGUCCACAUAGAUACUAGUCAUGCUGGCGUAGUCUAUAGCUGAGCUGGUUAGACUGUAGUAGGGUCCACAUAGAUACUAGUCAUGUUGGUGUAGUCUAUAGCUGAGCUGGUUAGACUGUAGUAGGGUCCACAUAGAUACUAGUCAUGCUGGUGUAGUCUAUAGCUGAGCUGGUUAGACUGUAGUAGGGACCACAUAGAUACUAGUCAUGCUGGUGUAGUCUAUAGCUGAGCUGGUUAGACUGUAGUAGGGUCCACAUAGAUACUAGUCAUGCUGGUGUAGUCUAUAGCUGAGCUGGUUAGACUGUAGUAGGGUCCACAUAGAUACUAGUCAUGCUGGUGUAGUCUAUAGCUGAGCUGGUUAGACUGUAGUAGGGUCCACAUAGAUACUAGUCAUGCUGGCGUAGUCUAUAGCUGAGCUGGUUAGACUGUAGUAGGGUCCACAUAGAUACUAGUCAUGCUGGUGUUACGAAUCCCUUUUGGCCCGACAGUCUAGGGGGGAUGGUAAUGAGACUCGUAACAUAACUCAUGCAAAUUACUAUUGUGACAAAGGAAAAGUGUGAACGAAAUAAGCACGACAACUGAAAUCUACCGUCAAACUCUAGGUUUAUUUAUAAACACACGGUAAUGGGGGGAGCAGGAAAAGGGGCUGAGCUGGACCCAAGGAAAGAAACAAUAAGUAUUCAAAAACACCCCUAAGCUAGACUAGCCUACUUUAACAACAGCUAACUAACUAACCAAAAAUACAGUGGGUGGUCCGCCCAGUUCUAACUAGUGUAUUUAACAAAGUUCACCUACGGGUAGUGUUUGCCCAUGGGCGACUUGUCUUGGUUUCCCCCUUUUCCACCAGCAAUCAAACACAAACACCAUAACCAAAAACAAUACUCACAGGUGAUGACAAAGUGCUAUGAGGUGCUUAAACAAAAGAGAGGUUAAGACACAAAGCGAGAGUGAAACACAGAGACCUACAGACAUGGCAUUUACAGAGAGAUUGAGCUGAGCUCUAGAACAAACAAAUGAUGGGGUUUUUAAACCAUGGGGAAAGAACUGUGAUAGGUUUAGGAAAUAUGAGGAGGUGUGUCUUCUGAUUGAUGAUUGAUUGGGGAGUGAUGAUUUUCACCUGUGAGGGGAGAAGGAGAGAAAAGAAACACACACACAGGAUACACACACACACACAGGAUAACUGUAUCCGUAACACUGGUGUAGUCUAUAGCUGAGCUGGUUAGACUGUAGUAGGGUCCACAUAGAUACUAGUCAUGCUGGCGUAGUCUAUAGCUGAGCUGGUUAGACUGUAGUAGGGACCACAUAGAUACUAGUCAUGCUGGUGUAGUCUAUAGCUGAGCUGGUUAGACUGUAGUAGGGUCCACAUAGAUACUAGUCAUGCUGGUGGUGAAGGUCCCCAGAUGUGAUGAUUCAUUCUGCUCUGUUUUCUCUACAAUGAUUUAACUGAUUUGAUCUUCAGAAGAUGUUAUGAAUUAAAAUUCAAUGUUUUCAUAUUUUUGUAAUUGCAAUGUUUUAAUCCUGUACAUUUCCAUGAAUCAUGAUGUCUGGUGUUGAUGUAUAUUGGUUGUCAUUCAGAACCAUUGAUAUGUUUUCUCAGUUGGUUCUCUGUCUCUAUGUAAUUCUCCUCAGUAUCAUUGAUCAGCUUGUUGGCUUGGUCCUAAUUGAUGUGUUCUCUGUCACCUGGAGCUGCAUGGAAAAUGGUCCAGGAACUAAAGGACAAUUCAGGACUAGUCAGCCCACUACAAGCUGGUAUCACUUCCUUUCUACUAAACUAUAUGGUCUGGUUUCCCAGACACAGAUGAAUCCUAGUCCUGGACUAAACAGUAUGUUCAAUGUAGAUGUCCAGGAAACCGGCCCUAAAUGUGUCAUCUUUCAUCCUCCCAUACUGCUCAGUCCAGCAACAUUAAACCUGUCCAGCAGGUGGUGCUGUUGACCAAACAAUAAAACCAGCAGAUAUCUUGACUUGCCACUCAGUAUAUCAGUAAUGUUCAGAAUAGUACUUUAAUAUCAUUGGAGAUUGAUGGUCUUUUUAAUCCACUAUCCAGAGUCAGGAACAGAUGAAGUUAGGUCUGCUACUGUUCAGUGAUUAAAUAUGAUUUAUGGUGAUGGGAAAUAAUAAAAAACACUCAACUUCAUCUAGUAAUAGUUUUCCUUUGUUAUUUCUUCCAAGGUGUGUCUUUAACUUGUAAAUGUAUUGUGUGGAGGUGAGCUAGUGGUGUGGCUGAUAGAAUAGAAUGAA